GAACGCAAGCUCAUUGUUUUCUCGUCGGUGCAGAGAGCGUCGAGCUGUGAGAGGGCAGGGAGAGGGACCAAGCGUUUCUAGGCUUAAUUUUUAUAUUUCUUUAACAGUUUAGCAGUAUUGGGGCAGCAUAAUGACCGAUAAAAUGGAUAUGUCUCUAGACGACAUUAUCAAGCAGAACAGGCAGCAGAGAGGCGGAGGCCGGGGUGGAAGAGGUCGAGGCCGCGGAGGCUCCGGCGGUGGCGGCAGAGGAGGAGGCCCCGGGCGUCUUGGAGUCGGCGGUGGAGGGUUUGGAGGCCGAGGCGGCGGAUCCGGCCCCAUGAGGAACCGCCAGAACCUGAGCCGCGCUAGAGGCAGACCGACGCCGUACAGCAGGCCUAAACAGCUUCCAGAUAAGUGGCAGCACGACAUGUUCGACAACGGCUUCAGCGGCUUCAAUGGUGCUGCUGGGGGUGGCGGCGGAGCUGGCGUGGAAACUGGAGGGAAGCUACUUGUCUCCAAUCUCGACUUUGGGGUCUCAGAUGCAGACAUUCAGGAACUUUUUGCCGAAUUCGGGACACUGAAAAAGGCUGCAGUUCAUUAUGACCGGUCCGGAAGAAGCUUGGGAACCGCAGAUGUCCACUUCGAAAGGAGGGCAGAUGCUCUCAAGGCCAUGAAACAGUACAAUGGCAUCCCACUUGAUGGGCGGCCUAUGAACAUACAGCUCGUCACAUCACAGAUUGACACACAGAGGCGACCUAUGCAGGGUCUGAACAGAGGUGGUGGAGGCAUGAACAGAAAUCGUGGAGGCGGUGGUUUCGGGGGCAUGCAGAGAGGCCGCGGCGGACGUGGUGCAGGCGGUGCCAGAGGAAGGGGUCGAGGUGGCCGCGGGGGUAACAGCAAGCAGCAGCUGUCGGCAGAGGAACUUGACGCCCAGUUAGACGCCUACAAUGCCAGGAUGGACACCAGCUAAGAAAUGAAGCUGUUCCUCCUGGUUGUCGUCCCUCCCUGUCUGCACAAAAGGGUGGUUGUUACAAAUGUGCAGAAUAUUUUACACUUGGUUGUCUUCUGAUGUGAUUGAAAUUAUUGUUCCCACCUCUUCUUUUAAAUGCGCUGAAGUGUUUUUUACCAGUAUUUUUUUUUCCUUUUUUCUGACGAAAAUGGUUUUGACUGUAGGUAAAUAAGAACUGGGUUUUUCCCAGUUCAUUCCUCCACCUUGUAGUUAAUGGAACUUGUAAUAAAAACCUGCAGUGUAUAUUAACCAAA